AUGCAUAUCGGUCAUAAGAAAUAUUGGUGGCUCAUUUAUGAUGAGCGUCCCCUCUGGCUCACUUUGGGAGGAGCGUCUCCCGGCUCUCUUUGGGCGCAGCUAACCCUCGCUGUUGCGACGGUUGAACAUCUUCCGGAUGUUCUUGCCUAUGCGGGUAAAGCGGCGGCGGCCAGAAGACUGGUCCAAGACCCUACCAGAUUGAACGGCGACAUCCUCCAUCUCGGGGUGCUGCUGGUAGAUAUCAUCCAGUUUCACUUCCCGCUCACGUUCGGCGCCGAUAAGGGUGCGAUCAGUCACGACCCGUGGACGGUACGAGUUAGCGGCCGGGAGGUUUGGGAACUUGGGUUCAUCCGUACCCAUAAUGAGUCUAUCCGCGUCCGGCGACUUGUACAUAAACGCUCCGUACUGCUUCUUGGGAGCCUGUGCAUCAGAUCUGCUGGGCGAGUUACGAAGAAUCGACGACAGUCCCGAUGGGACUGCCACACUUUUGAUCAUGCGACGUGGGAUAGGGGGGUCUUCAGACUGUGCGACUUCGGUAUGCUGGAUGCGAUGAGGUUCGGAAACAGUACUCUGAAUCUGAGUUCGUUGGCGGGCAUUAGCCUCCUUCUUUGCGGCCAGUUCAGCCAACCAGAUUUUGUCGUCAUCUGUAACUGGGUUCAUCGCCAAUGGCGAUUGUUUCAUGCCAGCACCGCUCCAGAAGGGCUUGCGCUCUUCGAACUUUGCUUUCUCGAUGACCGUUUUCUCAAUGGCAGCUUUCUCAACGGCAGCUUUCUCAACGGCAGCUCUCUCGACAGCGGCUUUCUCUAUGGCGGCUUUCUCCAUGGUGGCUUUCUCGACAGCAGCUCUCUCUACAGCGGCUUUCUCCAUGGCGGCUUUCUCGAUGAUCGUUUUCUCCAUGGCAGCUUUCUUUGCGGAAGCCAUAGGAUUGAUAACGAUUUUGAAAUCAAAAAUGUCGCUGACGGCAAACUUCACAGUAUGGGUAGUACCCUGGGCAUUGUGGUUGGCGAUAAACUUUUCAAGGAAGGCAGUUUCAUCAGCAGCCAGCGAGUUUCUAUGGAAGAACUGUUUGUGGAAUAG